AUGUCGGAGCGAGGCUCGUUCCGAGGUGGUCGGGGAGGUCGCGGCGGAGGCGGUGACCGCCGCGGCGCCCACUCCACCCAGCAGAAUCGAGGUGGCGGUGCACGAGACGGUGGCGGUGCUCAACAACAGCAAGAAAAGCCCAAGAAGGAGAACAUCCUGGAUUUAACCAAGUAUAUGGAUAAGGAGGUCAAUGUUAAAUUCAAUGGGGGACGAGAAGUCAGCGGCAUCUUAAAAGGAUACGACCAACUGAUGAACCUUGUUUUGGACGACGUGAAAGAGAAAAUGCGAGAUGAAUCCGGCAAAGAGGCUACUCGUUCCCUCGGCUUGAUAGUUGCCCGUGGUACACUCCUCGUCCUGAUAUCUCCAGCAGAUGGGAGUGAGGAGAUUGCUAAUCCUUUUGUGCAACAAGAGGAAUGA